AUGGUAACCCCGACCCCACCUUCUGGAGCAGAGUAUUCUCCUGACAGUGAAGGCUGGAGCCCCAUCGAUGAGUCGGGGGACUUCUUCGAGGCCUGGGAGGCGCUGUUGAACCACAUUCAGUCAGCUGCGCUCAGUAAAAACAAUGAAGUUUCUCUGGCUGCUCUCAAAAGCUUUCAAGAAAUCCUGCAGAUUGUCACACCUCUUAAAGACUCAGAUAAAGCAGGGGAUGCACUCACAGCCAUGGGUGUCCCUCCAGUUCUCAUUGACCCCCUCUCAGCCUCCGGACCCGGCAGACCCCUAGUACGCUCAGAUUCACUGGUUGAGAGGUUGACAAGAUACAAUGGGGCCGAGCUGCAGGUGCCGCCACCAGGAGAGGAGUCGGCCCUGGACGACUUGACGUUGUGGUGGUCUGCGUGGAAUACGUGGUACCGAACAGGAACAGAAAGCACAAGGCCACCUAUUGCCCCGAUGGAGAAGCUCUCCUUCAUUCCGUGCCAGCCUUUCCUCACUGCUUUGAUACAGAUCUUCCCAGCACUUUACCAGCACAUUAAAGCCAACUUCAGCAUGGAGGAUUUGAAAAAACUGGGGGUCAUCCUCCAUGGGGCCGUCUCUGUGCCUAUCAGCAGUGAGGCCUCGCCCUUCAUUCUCCCCUCCUACACUGAAGCCACGCUCACUAGUCUGCAGGAAGCUGUGCUCGUUGCUCUGGAUGUUUUACAGAAGGCCAUCUGUGUGGGCCCAGAGAACCUGCAGGUCAUGUACCCAGCCAUCUUUGAACAGCUGCUACUCUUUGUAGAGUUUUCCUGCAAGCCUCCUCAGUACGGCAGGAUGGAAACCAAACACGUGGCCAAUGCCAAAUACAACCAGGUAGGAAGUAGGACAGACUCUGCAGUUAAUGCAGAGUGGGUUGCCUUAAACUACGUGCCCUUUGCUGAGCGCUCCUUGGAGGUGCUGGUGGACCUGUACCAAAAAACAGCCUGCCACAAAGCUGUCAUCAGUGAAAAAGUCCUGCAGAAUAUCAUCAAGACUUUAAGAACACCCUUGGGUUUGAAGUAUGCCUGUCCAUCAGAAAGCACCUGGAAACUGACAGUUUCAUCUUUACUGAAGGUUCUGUCCAUUGGAUUGCCAGUUGCACGACAGCAUGCCUCAUCAGGGACGUUUGACACUAUGUGGCCAGAGUUGGCCAAUGCCUUUGAAGAUUUUCUUUUCACCAAAAGUACUCCCCCAGAUAAUCUGUCAAUACAAGAGUUUCAGAAGAAUGAAGCCAUUGAUGUUGAGGUGGUCCAGUUGAUCAGCACUGAGAUUUUACCGUUUGCCAAUUUCAUCCCCAAAGACUUUGUUGGUCAGAUUAUGGCAAUGCUCAAUAAAGGUUCCAUUCACUCCCAGUCUCCCUCUUUCACAGAGGCAGAGAUAGACGUACGGAUGCGCGAGGAGUUCUCAAAGGUGUGUUUUGAGACGUUGCUACAGUUUUCUUUCAGCAACAAGGUGUCCACCCCUCAGGAGGGCUACAUCUCUCGAAUGGCACUUUCUGUUCUCCUCAAGCGGUCCCAGGAUGUUCUUAGACGCUAUGUCGAGGAUGAGCAGUUGAGUGGACGUUGCCCCUUACCAAGGCAACAAGUGACAGAGAUUAUCUUUGUCUUGAAAGCUAUAAGCACGUUGAUGGACUCACUUAAGAAGACCCAUCCAGAAAAUGUGGAUGGAAACACGUGGGCUCAGGUGAUCGCCUUGUACCCCACACUUGUAGAGUGCGUCACAUGCUCCUCAUCUGAGGUGAGCUCGGCCCUGAGAGAGGCCCUGGGGCCCUUUAAAGACUUUAUGCAGCCACCUGUCUCCAAAGUCCAAAAUGGGGAGUCCUGACCAAAUUCACUCCAAACUCCUUGUUUUUAAAUGAAGAAAUUGAACGCCUGUAUUCCGAUCCUGGGUGCUUCACAAGUGCUGUGACAUGAAGAAGCCCUGAACCAGGCCGGCUCAGACCAUGACUGAUGACUUCACACACAUCAACAUGUGCUUCUCAUCCUCCCACCUCCAUUUUCAUACAGACUGGCUGCAAUUGCCUGUUAAUGACAGAAAUUAAAGGAAAGUUGCAGUGUUGCCUCGAGGUUCUUUUUAUAUUCUCUAGAAGAGGCUGCAUCGACGUAGUGUGUGGUGAUGGUGUUGAUUAUGUCAUUAAGAAAGAACUAAAGCAAAAAAAUAAAUACAUCUUGGGACUUUAUUGUUCUUUAAGAUGAACACUGAGAUUUUUGUUAACAUUUUCAACCGUGAAUUUCUUGUAGAUUUUGGGCAAGAAAACAAGUUUUACUUUAACAUUCCAUGUCAUCCAUAGCCAGCCAUCUUUGAAGGGAUGAUCAUGUAUGUAUGAAAUAAAUGAGACAAUUCAAUCAGCGCUGCACCAUGCCAUGUGUGGUCAAUGAACAGGUUAUUUAUGACUGCUUUGUCUGGGCCAGGUUUAGAUUAUCUGUAUACAUUUACCCUUUUGCACUAAAAAUAAAGAGCAGUUAUUGCACAAAAGUAAAUU